AUGCACAUAAAAAACAUUUUGAUUUCGGGAUUUCGUUCCUACCGGGAUCAAUCGUUUCAAGUGGACCUUUCACCAAAGAAUAACGUUAUUGUGGGGAAAAAUGGCUCCGGCAAAUCAAACUUUUUUGCCGCCGUUCAGUUUGUUUUGAGUGAAAAGUACACUACUUUAACGGCUGCUGAAAGAAAGGAACUUUUUCAUGCGGGUUCUGGAAGACCGGCCUUGUCCAUUUUUGUUGAAAUUAUUUUUGAUAACUCAGAUGGCCGUCUUGUCAUCCCUGGUCGAGCUGAAGAGAAAGAAGUACGAAUACGACGUACUUUGGGAUUGAAACAGGACGAAUUUCGAGUAAAUGAUCGUCGGUUUACAGCAACAGAGGUAAGGCAACUGCUGGAAAGUGCAGGAUUUUCUUCAAGCAAUCCAUACUAUAUUGUGGAGCAGGGUAAGAUUGUCAACAUGGCCAAUAUGAGUGAUGAGGAAAGAUGCCAACUUAUCAAAGAUGUCGCUGGCACAAGAGUCUAUGAGUCUAGACGAAAAGAAAGUGAGGAAAUUUUGGAAGAAACCUCAGGCAAAUAUAGGAAAAUAGAGGAUUCUAUUGACCAGUUACAAAAAAGAUUGACAGAACUUGAGGCUGAAACUGCUGAAUUAAAGUCUCUUCAAGAAAUUGA